AUGGAUGAACCUGAGCUGACCAGAGUGACCAGCAUCGUCAAACCCAUUAUUCCCAGCGGCGGCAAGCACCCUUCGUUCAGCCAUUUUCGGCGUGUGUGCACUCUUUCACACCUACCUGUGGACUUGACAUGGCGCCGUGACUAUGACGCACGAGGUCUUCAAACCGUCUUUUUGUUGGUGCCCAAUACCAUCGUUCCAUGGGAGGAUAUCAAGGCCACACUCAUGCCACAUAUCGAUGUUGAAGGUCUCCCUCGUUGCUUCGAUGCUGUGGUUCCACGCCAUGCACCUUUGACUGCCGAGCAAGCCGCCCUGUGGACCGAACGGUAUUGGCCCUCGAUCUACAACCCUGCUGCACAGGUCAUUCAAGAUGCCCCGCCUCUCCACCAUCUUCGACGGAUGCGAACAGUACUUGAAGUCCCGGCCACAGAUAAGUACAUGGAGCUUGCGAAGAUGGCCGCUCAUGAAUCCAAGGAGUACGGCCACGGAAGAGGAGUGGGUGCCGUUGUGGUCGAACCAGAAACAGCAACGGUCGUAGCCGUUGCGGGCGACGCUCGUUGGUGGUCCGAUGAUCCGCGGACUCAUCAGGGACUGAUAGCGAUCAAGGGAGAAGGAAGACCCGAAUAUCACGCUGUCAUGCGUGCUGUCGCCAUGGUUGCCAACAAGGAACUGCGUCGACGCAUCAAAGCCGGCGGUCACCUCAAAUUCAAGGACACAUGCUCCGAAACCCCAUCUGGCCGAGCUCUCACACCUAUCGAGAGUCAAUAUGAGGACGACGAACCAGUCCUUCGUGACCUCACAGCCGGGCUGGGUAAUGUUACCCUCGAGAACAACGUGAGCGAUACCGCCUCAGAGAAAAGAUCAAGCCCUCGGUCUGAAGGCUAUCUCUGCAGCGGACUCGACAUUUAUCUGACACACGAACCUUGUGUGUGCUGUGCAAUGGCUAUGAUCCAUUCCAGAUUCCGUGUCUGCGUCUUUGCUCGCAAGAUGCCGGGCAGCGGUGGCCUCUGCUCCGAACCCGGUGGCAACAGACUGGGAUAUGGGCUGUUCUGGCGUCGAGAGCUCAACUGGCGAGUCAUGACCUUCCAACACAGGCAAGCGGCUGCUGUCGAAGGCGAAGAAGGCCGAACGGACACAGGAAUAUUCCAUGCUUAG